AUGAAGGUCGCCGUGUUGGACCUCGGGUCUCUCUUUUCCAAAAUCUUCAAGACCUCGACUGCGUCCCCGGCGCCCCCGGCGCCCCCGGCGGUGCCCUCCCCGGCUGUGAACUCCAGCAAAUCGGAAGGCGCUGCCAGCGCGGGGCCGGCGGGCACAGCGCUGAGCACGGCCCCCACCCUGCGCCUCCUCCCCGCCUUGGCGCCCGACUCCCCCUGCACCCCGCGGGGGGCGCCCGCCGCGCCCCACCCUCCGCUCACCGCCUCCUACCCCAGGGUCUGCGUCGCCAGCCGCGCGGCAGAAGCAGUAGGGACCCCCUUGUCCCUGCCCAGUAGCCCCAGAGCAAGCAAAGUCCAGUCCCCGCCGCAGGACCUGCCCCGGGACCUGCCCCAGGACCUGCCCCGGGACCUGCCCCGGGACCUGCCCCAGGACCUGCCCCGGGCCCCGUCUGGCGGUGGCCGCAGAGCCCAGAGCUCCCCGGAGCAUCUGGGGGCGGGGGCGCGGUCGACCCCCGUCCCCGGCGGGGUCUGGGCGGCGCUGCCAUCCAUCCGGGGCGCAGUGGGCAGCAGCAGUUCAGCCUGGAGCCCACGGAACCCCCGCCAGCGUGGCCCCGGAGACCCAGAGCCCAGUGCUUGGAUGCCCCCCCCCCCCCCCGGGCCGGGCCCCAAGACCCUCUCCACCCUGCCGGGCAUCGGCGAGGAGUGGGCCUCGGACAGCGACUCGGAGGAGGCCGGACACGCGAGAGGACUGUCAGAAGGAUCUGGGAAACACCAUUUUCCUGUAAAAAGCAUUUUACAAAGAAAUGUGCAGAAAGCCAUUGAUAAAUAUACCUGUGAGUCCAUGUCACCGUUUUCAUCCAGUGGAAGCCCCACACCCACAGAAGCCCACAGCUCUUGGUCCAGGUCUGGGACGCAGAGUUCGACCUCCACCACGGGUUUAUCUACCGAAAGGAGCUCCAUUUGCUCAUGGAGAGAUGAAGAGUUUGACAAAGCCAGUGCACAGAAAGUACAGCAGCUAUUCUGGGAGGUCGAGGAGAUGUUAUUCGAAGGGAAAGUGAGCCCACAGACCCAGAACCUCAUGGCUGAGUGCAGCGAGUGGGCGAGACGAUCCAUCCAUCUGAGAGUAUUAGGAAGACAGGUCAUCCUGCCGACCGAUGAAGGGGUCCGCUACUUCCAGGGCAGCGAGCCUCGCUCUGCAGGUCACAAAUGCUCCCCGGAUGCUCGUGAAUGCAGCAGCAUCAGGCAGUGUGAGCCUCGACUUCACCACUUUGCAAGUUUAGAUUUCACUGAAGGACAGAAAGAAAAAUUGAAAGUCACUGAGGCUAAAUCUCUGCAGCGUCUCAUUUCCUAUAUUAACACUGAUUUAAUGAGUGUUCGCCCGUCCAGAAGUUCUGAAACUCAGAGCAUCUCCCUGGCUUCUCAUCUUAAUCCCCCCCAGAUCCAUCGCUUCUCCAACAAUUUGUAUAGUGAUUUGAAUGGUGUGAUGACAAUUCAAGCAAAACCGCUUCAGCAGAGACCGACCCAUUUUGCCGACAGGACACAGAAUGAACAAGAGGACAAAUCACUGAGUGUGGGGACUAGUGCCCUUUCUGCGACCCGCCACCGUCUGGGACGAAUCUCAGACUCCUGCCGACUACAGACUCCUGCAAAGAAAACACUGAUACACAGGAGGCUGCCUUCUCUCACUUUGGACUCACAGAGAAUGAAAACCCCCAAUGUGGACAGUGAGGAGGUGCUUAGGGGAACACGACUGCAAACUGGCCUGGACCUCAUGUCCUCCCCACCCGUCCACACCGCAUGGAGCAGGUUACCCCACAUCGGCCCCGAGCCCGCUGAGCAGUUUCGGGAUCUCGCCCUGUCUCUAGGAAAGCAUGCACAAAACCGUGUUCUAAGUGCAGGACCCGAUAGUGUAGAACGAUCACCUCUUCGAGAAAGAUCUCUGACUGUGGAACAGUUUUCAAGGCCCAGCACAACCCAUACGUUCCGGUCAGACACCCCUCGAAAAGGUUCAUUGACUCUGAUGGAGUUUGCUGGUCACACCUGGGCAGGUCAAGGUUUGCUGACAGGUUCGCAGUAUCCACCCAAGUCUUUUCAGAGGACAGCUCUGACUUUAAGAAAGAGAUUCCAAGUGGCAUCUUGAUGUUGCUGCCCCAGAAUUGCAGCCUUUGCUGGGCCACCCAGAGCCUCCGCGACCACUUGUCACUUGAAAAACAGAAGAACAAGUAUUAUCUUAUGUGUCUGUUGGCCCGGCAGUCUGCGAUAUUGGACUGUCGGAGAGAAAUGCGGACAGAUAAACAACUUAAUUGUGAACACUUUGCCUUGUAAACACAAUACAAGUCAAGCUCAUCAAUAUGGAUCCUUUAGGCUUUGCUCAGAGGAACCUCUGUUUAUAAUCCUUCCUUUUAUCAACUAUACACACACGCAUAAUUAGUGUACGAAUUCAUAAACUACUUAAUAUAUAUAGUAAUAUGCCAUUUUGUAACUUUGUGUCUUGAUAUGUUUUUUGUGUCUCAUUCCAUGAUUAAUUCCAUCCAAAUCCUAAUCACAAACAGAUAUUAUUUCCUUCUUGAGAAAAUAGCAGAGGCAUCUUGGGUCCCGUGAGCCAGUGUAAGAUGGGGCUGUGCUGGUCAGUGUGCUGACUUUCUCAUUCCCUUUUAAAAGGCAGUUUCGUCAUGAACCUCUUUGAAGAACGUCAGUGGUGACGUCUCCAAAGCCCAUUUUGCUUGACUAGUUUUCAUGUUCAAGUUCAGGUGGUCUUUUCAGAAGUAUCCCCAGUUUAUUGAUUUUUAAAAUCAAGUGAUUGAUUUUAAUUAUGAAUAUAAACAU